AUGGACGUCGAUUCCCCUUCUUUGCCAGAUGCACCAUCCACCUCGGGCGUCACGAUCGAAGACCUGCUUUCGUCACACUCCAACGUUGUGUCUGCCUCCGAUGCUGCCUUGUCCGCUCAGCUGGAUGCGCGCAAGAUGGCUCGCAACCUAGCCAUACCAACUUCCGAUGCAAAGGUAAGGCUACGUCUACGUCAGCUCGGCCAUCCCAUCACCUGCUUCGGCGAACGUGAAAUGGAUCGUCGUCAACGUCUUCGCCAAGUCCUCGCUCAACAGCUGCAAGCGCAACAACCGUCUGGUAAUACUCUGUCCACUGCUUCAGGCGCACAGUCCCAUACAUCAGAGCAAAGCGACAGCGAUACCGAGUCGGACGGCGACGACCAAGACGAAGAGUUCUACACCGAAGGUCCAUCUUCCCUCAUCCAAGCACGUCGUAACAUCGCUUGCUUUUCCUUGCAGCGAUCCAAGCAAAGGCUGGCUCAACAACGCAGAGAGGCUACCGUACCACUCUCCUCGAUCGUCCAUAUACGCUCCAAACUUUUCUACCCCAUCAAGUCGUACAGUAACCUUGGCUCGCAGGUUGGCGACGACCGUCCCGUAUCCAUAACACGUUUUGCGCCCAACUCGCAAUUGCUUGCGACAGCCAGUUGGUCCGGCAGCAUCAAGCUCUGGCAAGUGCCGAGUGCCAACCACAAGCUCACCCUUCGCGCGCAUACCGACAAAGUGGGCGGGCUGGCGUGGCAUCCGCAAGCCACCUUGAGUCAGCAUGCUUCGGCGGUCAACUUGGUGUCGGGCGCUGGUGAUGCCACCGUCUGCCUGUGGAGUCUCGACAGCGACCGUCCCCUAGCUACGCUCAAAGGUCAUGAGGCACGUGUCGCAAGAACCGCUUUCCAUCCCACGGGAAACUAUGUAGCUAGCGCCUCGUUUGACGGUACCUGGCGUCUGUGGGACGUCUGCACCUCGGACUGCCUCACCAUCCAGGAAGGUCACAGCAAGGAGGUGUACUCUGUCGAAUUCCAAGACGAUGGUGCGCUGCUAGCCAGUGGUGGUCUGGACGCCAUCGGCAGGGUGUGGGACAUGCGUACUGGCAGAACGGCGAUGGUACUUGAUGGGCACGCUAAAGAAAUUCUUUCGAUCGACUUUGCUCCCAACGGCUAUCAGCUUGCUACGGCGAGUGGAGACGACACGGUCAGGAUCUGGGACAUGCGAGCGCUCAAGUCGAUCUACACGAUCGCAGCGCACAAAUCGUCGGUCUCGGACGUUCGCUUCUUCCGUUCACUCUCGCACCGCAAGUCGCCCUACUCGAUGCAUACCCAACAAGAUGAGAUCAGCCGCGACGGCCUCUACCUUGCCACCUCCGGAUACGAUGGAAUGGUCAGGAUCUGGUCGGCCGACGAUUGGCAGCUGCUCAGAACACUCAGCGGCGACGCCGGCAGAGUCAUGAGUGUCGACAUCAGCUCCGACGGCGAGAUGCUCGUUAGCGGCGAAUGGGGUCGCACCUUUAAGCUCUGGGGUUCGCUCUAA